AUGGAAAAUGCCCUACUCAAAUCCCCUAUUGCAAGAUCGAAACGGGGAGCAAUAAAUAUUAUUGGAAAUGUAGCUAAUUCCUUGUUUGGCGUAUUAGACUCAAAUUAUGAAACAGAGAUGAAACACCAUUUGAGCCAAAUCUACGACAACGAAGAAUACCUUAACAAAUUACUUAAAAACCACACAUCAAUUUUGGACGCAACACUAAACAUCUUGAAACAAACUCAAGACGCCUCAAAACGGAAAUUCACUGACUUAGAUGCACAAAUAAAGUUGAUAAUGUCAACUAUCAAUAAUGUCAGUAAUGCACUCGACAAAAGUGCAUUAUAUUAUACAUUUACUUCAUUGGCGUUGCAAGUACUAACGUUAACUCACAACUUCCAAAUGCAACAACAGGCCUUAAUAGACGCUAUCACCGAUGGUCAUCAUGGCAAGAUUAAUCCUCUACUCAUAUCCACUGAUCAGUUUCGAAAGGAACUGCAAAACAUUCGGACACACUUAUCGCAAAAUCUACAACUUCCAAUAGAAGAUGACAGCAUCUUGGAGUAUUUUCGACUCAUUGAACUCAAGCUAUUUAAAACGGAUACACAGGUUGUAUUUUCGCUACUACUGCCAUUAGUAGAUUCUGAAACAUUUGAAUUGUUCCAAUUAACACCAAUUCCAGCUGCAAUAAAUGGGUCACUUGUCAUCAUUAACCCUUUAACAAGAUUUAUCGGAAUAAAUUUGCAUAAGGAACAACUGUAUCCUAUGAAUAAGGAGUUGGUCGGUUGUCAUGAGGUCAGCAACAACAUCUAUCUAUGCUAUCAACAACACCCAAUUUAUCGAGCAAACGCCGAAAUAGGAAAAUGUGAAAUGGACUUGUUUCACAAUAAAGACGCAACCAGCUGUCAACUUCAACGACUCGAUCAAAAUACCACUUGGUUCCAGCUACACAAUUCUAAUCAAUGGAUUUACGGCAUGUCAACCUCGUAUGCAACAACACAAUACAGCACUUCACUCUGGAUUUAG